AUGGGUCCUACGUUGCCACUUCUUGCAGUCAUACUCCUAACCAUCGGAGCUGAAGGAUUUGAAAAUGGGACAUGUCCUCAAUCCAAACCGUGCUCGCCUGGCGUUAUUCUUCCUGUCUGGCAACCCCAGAGCGAACUGCAAGAAUGUUCGAUCAUUUUUCGAGCCGUUGUUUAUCUCAUUGCACUUUGCUACAUGUUCUUUGGAGUUUCUAUCGUCGCAGACAGAUUCAUGGCGGCGAUUGAGGUGAUCACAUCACAGGAAAGAGAGGUGAAGAUGAGGAAGAUCACUGGCGAACCGUAUACGAUCCUAAUUCGCGUCUGGAAUGAGACCGUCAGCAAUCUAACGCUUAUGGCUCUUGGAUCAUCGGCACCAGAGAUUCUUCUGUCCGUGGUAGAAAUAUUUGGAAACAAUUUUGAAGCAGGUGAAUUAGGUCCCAGUACAAUUGUUGGAUCAGCAGCCUUCAAUCUUUUCGUCAUCAUCGCCUUUUGCAUUUUUGCGAUUCCGUCUGGUCAAGUGCGACGAAUUCAGCGCGAAUAUGUGUUUUGGGUGACGGUGGUCUGGUCGACGUUCGCGUAUAUUUGGCUGUACCUCAUUCUCUGCGUAUUCAGCCCCAAUGAAGUGGAGGUUUGGGAAGGACUGUUGACGUUCAUCUUCUUUCCACUCACCGUCAUCUCAGCCUAUGUGGCUGACAGUUACCCGAAGUUAUUCGGACGGCGGUAA